GACAAUUACAAAUAUGAAUGGUGCUAAAGUUACGGGUGAAUGAACAAAUGUAAUGUAAAUUACAUUUCUAAACUUGGGUUCAUGCAGUGGGAUCCCCUUCAACCAGAUAUGUGAAGCAUUUGAAGAAAAUUAUGUUCUUACAAAUGUUCAUAGAGAAAAAGAUGAACCUUAGAUGAAUGAACUAAAAGUGAAAUUUUUUUUUAGCAACAAGAAUCACUGAAAAAAAAAUAACUAGCAAACAUAUUAAUACAUGUAACAGUGAAUAAUGAAUCUUUUUAAGGAAGAUGUUCGGAUGCAUUAUCUGAAUUUCAACCUCCCACCUUUUGUUUGACUAAGUUGACUUGGGAGUUUAUCGGCCUUUGCUUAAGGUGCAACCUUUAAAGUUUUUCGGAGUUACUGUUGUAUUUUGUAUUCGAUCAUGACAAUUCAAGGAAGACCAAGAAGCAAUCGAGCUUUGAGUACAAGCAGCAUUCCAGCUUUUGAGCUGUUUCGCAAACUUCAUUUCGAAUUAUCAGAUGACAGACCAAUUCAUCGACCUGUUCAAUCCCUUUUCUCAACAUCCAGUGGAUUUAACAAUUUUCGUGGUCUUUUAAAUCUCGCUGGAUUUUUACUUCUCAUUUCAACAUCUAGAAUGGCACUGGAAAAUAUACUUAAGUAUGGUAUUAUCAUGGACCCUUUUUCAUGGAUUCGAUUCCUUUUACAAGCUCAACAGAAAUGCGCUGUAAUUGGACUGCUUGGUUGUUUUUUCAUACGAAAUCCGCUGUUACUAACACUUGCAGGUACUAAUGUUUUUAUUAUAUUCGCUUGGUUACUCGAGCGUGCAAUUGUUCGGGGAUUAGUUGGCGGUAAAUUUGCUAUGGCACUCAUUUGGUGGAAUUUACUUUGCCUACUUGCUUUUCCGACAAUCAUGAUACUAUCAAUAGAUUUCAAUCCUCUGUUUAGUGCACCUGUACUAGGAGUAUACACAAUAGUGCUUUUGAAACUUUAUUCAUAUGCCGAUGUGAAUCGAUGGUGUCGUCAAUCAACUGGGAACAAUGAACAUGAAAUAGAUAUCGCUUUAAAGAAUUUAGGGAAACCAGAUUUCACCAAGGAUGAUACCUUCUUUAACACCAACACCAUUACUGCUACUUCUAGAAGUAACCACAUUAGUUCUUUUGCAACUACUGUUUCUUCUAGUAAAGUAAAACUUUCUGAGACUCUUACAACCAGUAUUCAUUCUGAUAAUGUGGAAACUAUCUCUCAAACAGUUACCGGUACUAGUAAUUCAGAAGACGAAUCUACUGUGGAAGAUCAACCAGUUAAAAGGAAAUGCUCUCCUGUAUUAGAGGAUUUAAGCGUUUCUACACAAACAGAAGAUGCAUUUAUUGAAAAUGAUUCAUCAAAUGAAAUAAAACAUGACUUUAAAAGUGUUGAGUUACAAAAUGAAUAUACCUCUGAAAGUGCAGAGCAGUUUGUCGUUAACCGAAAAAUUAAAACUGCAAAUUUUCCUGCUGAUUCUAAUGUAUCAACCAAGCUGAAGUCCUCCGAGUAUCUUAAUAACUUGGAAGCGAAGCAUAAAAGCCGAGUCAGAAAAUUGCGACCAUCCAGAUUCAGCGUUUGUGAGGUUCCAGAUAACGGUAAUAUAAAUACAGAUCCAGUAGAAUUGGAAGUCAACACUUUGGUACAUGAUGAAACAUGCAUUAAGUUCAGUCGUAGUCUAUACGUUACUUAUCCAAAUAAUUUGACUCUGACGGAUAUAUACUACUUCAUGUUUGCUCCAACGUUGUGCUAUGAAUUAAAUUUUCCACGUACACUGACAAUUAGAAAGCCAUUUUUAUUCAAACGUGUUUUUGAACUGAUAUUCAUCCCACAACUUAUACUCUGUAUGAUUCAACAAUGGAUUUUACCCACCCUGUCGAACAGUUUCACACCAUUUGCCGAAUCUAGAUUCAGUUUAAUUGUUGAGCGUUGUUUAAAGCUGGCUAUACCAAAUCAUCUUAUCUGGUUAAUGUUCUUUUACCUUUUUUUUCACUCACUGCUGAAUGUGAUUGGAGAAAUUCUAUAUUUUGGAGAUCGAUUUUUUUACAGUGACUGGUGGAAUGCAGAAUCUAUACCGGCAUUUUGGUCAAAAUGGAAUAUUCCUGUACAUCGUUUUGCCAGACGACACAUUUACAUUCCUCUGUUAAAGAUGGGUCUCAGCCGAUUCCAUGCUAGCCUUGUAGUUUUCUUCGUUAGUGCAUUUUUCCAUGAGAUACUUGUAUCAGUUCCAUUGAAGAUGCCAAGGUUCUGGGCCUUUCUUGGUAUGCUCGGUCAAGUGCCGUAUGCUUACAUUGUCUCACGUUUAUUCUCGAAUGGUGGUCAAGCUGGUAAUUUAGCUGUAUGGCUAGCAUUGAUCAUUGGUCAACCAAUGGCUAUUUUAGCCUACUUCCAUGAUUACUUCAUUACGCAUUACAAUGUCAGCAGCCUGUGAACAAGAAAUGAGUUAGCAAACUCUUCAGUCAAUUUCAACCCAAUGACUAUUUAUCAAAAUGAUCAAAUAUUUAUACGCACGAAGUGAUUUACUGGUAAACUUUUUUUCAGACAAAAAAUUAACAUAAAAAUAUUUUUUUUAGAUUAGGUAAGCUUUUAUCACUUUGAUGUAUCUACUGAAAUCAUGGAGCUGACUGUUUGGAUCUGCUAACUUGAGUUUCUUUAACGGUCUCUCUCUGACACACACUCACACAGUCAGCUUCUAUAUCUUUUCACCUGUAUUUCUUUCUCACCUAUUUCCUGUUAUGUUAUUGUUCACACUCAUCCAGAUCAUUUACACGUCUGUUAUUCAUUUGUACAAAAUAGAAGCUGGUAAUGUAGAAUGCACCUCUGAUUUUUUUGCAGACUUACACAACUUUGCAUCAUUAUCUUCAUCACAUGAGUUUUCUACUUUUACUACUAAUAUUAUUUUUCUCUAUACUUUCAAGACCAGUUAUUUUUUCUAUUAACUCAAUAACAAUUAUUAAUCAUACUUACUGUGCGCAUCCACGUAUAUGCGUAUGUACGAAUUAUGAUCAUGUAUAAGUCUUUUGUACUCUGUUUAUUAAGCUGUAAUGAUGAGUAUGUAAAUUUACUUACAUGCACACCGCUACAGACAUGUAUAGAAUAAAAGUUUCAUAUAACGUU